AUGGAUCUAUGUCAGGCCUCUCAGGCAGCCGGCUCGCGCUUCGUUUGGGUUUCUAUGCUUUGGUGGAGCCGGAGCAGACCCUGUGACCGUGCCAUGCUGCCGCUCCUGUUCUUGCUUCUCUACAUCUCGCCCAGUGAUGCCAGCCGCGGGGAGGCAUCUCUGGAAGCUGCGAGCACACGACUCUCUAUGAGUGGUGUCAUGGAACAUUGCCAACGUGCAGUUGACACAACUCGCACGGCGAGCGAGACCAUCAAGGCCUUGCAGCAAUGUAUUGGUUUGCUCGAGGAGUUCGCCAAAGAGGGCAACCAAGCACGAACCGCCACCAAGCGAUCAGGGCAGCAGUACUCUGCUGAUAUGAACCUCUUGGGUUCCUUCCUUCAGUCACUGGAAAGCCGAAUAGUGAAGACAUACAAGAAACACCAGCACAGCUAUGAGCAGCUUCGCUCUGAUCAGCACCAGGCUUUUUCGGGUUUCUUGGAGCGCUUGCAGACCAUGAAGGAUCCACUGCGAUCUCCACUCCGGACUCCUACGGCGCUGAAGGCAAGGAGGUCACAACGCAGCUGGUCCUCGGGUCAUGUUCGGGACCCUUUGCGGGACCGUUCGCCACGGCCCCAAGGUCAAGCACACCAGGCCCCCAGCUUUUUGCAGAUCUCUGACUCAGAGGAUGAAGGAGAUGAGAUAUCCAAGAUGAAGGACGACUUGCAGAAGCUGCAGGAGAGUGUGCAGCGACAAAAAGCACUGGGUGAUCAAGAGGUGGAGGUCGCCAAUGAGCGCAGCUGGCCCGUCGCCACCAGCCUCCUGCAACUCUCAGCAGCAGAGGGCGAGCCGCGGACUCGCUCGAACACCAAGGACAAUGAGUCCUCGGCCUCCAGCCUUUUGGAAGAGGAGAACGGAGGCCUCUCAUGGACGUUGCAUCAUAUUGUUGGCUUUGGCCUCACAGACCAGGAGACUCCAAAGCAGACGUGA